CGAUGUCAUCGCUUCCUUCAAGAUUCCAACAACGCAGGACGCCUUAUCCAUGCACAAAUAUAAUAUGAGCAUGACCUUUCGAUAGUCCAAGUUGCGCUCUGAUCUGAACGGUGGAAUCGCUAUCAUGGCGCCCUCACGCACCAACCCGCGCCCUUCAUACUUCACCGAGGAGCAACUGGAGACCUGGGACAACAAUGGCUAUCUCCUCAUCCCGGACGCGCUCUCCCAAGAUGAAGUGCAAACACUGCUUGCCGAAUCAUAUCAAAUGCUCAACGACUUCAGCCUUGACGACCAUCCCAUGACCCGCUUCUCCACCGGUGAGAACAGCGACCAUGUCGGCGACGACUAUUUCCUCUCCUCUGGCGACAAGGUGCGCUUCUUUUUCGAAGAGGACGCGUUCGACAAUGACGGCAAACUUCUUAAGCCGAAGCAUUUGGCCAUCAACAAGAUCGGGCAUGCGUUACAUGUACUUUCGCCCAACUUCCAGAAGGUCUCUAUCAACGACAAAAACAAGCGGAUCGCGAAGGAUCUGGGGUUCAGGGAUCCGAGAGUGCUGCAGAGUAUGAUCAUCUGUAAGCAGCCGGAGAUUGGCGGAAGGGUGCCACCGCAUCAGGAUUCUGUGUUCUUGUAUACGGACCCACCGUCAGCCGUGGGCUUCUGGUACGCGCUGGAGGAUUGCACGGUGGAGAAUGGCUGCUUGUCGUUCGCCGCGGGGAGUCACAAGCGUGCACCGAUCCGUGACAGGUUCGUGCGCUCUGCGGACAACAAGGGGACGACGUUCAUCCACAACGAAGGCAGCCAAUGGCCGGAAAGUCUCGAAGAGGACGGUGAGGUGAGGAAGGAGGUGUACGAGCUUGGCGAAGUCAAGGCCGGCACGUUGGUGCUCAUCCACGGCAACCUGCUUCACAAAAGCGAGAAGAAUACAAGCCAGAAGGGCAGGAUGAUCUACACCUUCCAUAUGAUCGAAGGCGAGCACAAAUUCGAUGAGCGGAACUGGUUGCAGGUUCCGGGCGGGCCUGAUGCGUUCACGAAGCUGAACGAGGCAUCGUAACGUCUACGACUUGUGUAUUGUUGAGCGUUCUGCUAGCGUGCUAACUAUCUAACAUCGUUCUUCGCGGAUCGAUCAGCUUAGCUGUGCCGCAAUCUCUUGAGCCGUCACAUUCAUCAUUCUGAACGUCGGAUGCAGGCUAUUCAGCCAGAAGUACUCAUCCACCGGGACCGAGCAGUUCGCGUAGAACGUGUACCAGGUCGGCGUGCCGUUCUCAUACGCCACGCAGUAGUUCGUGGUAUUCUUAUACGCACACGUCUCCGGGUGAGAAC